UCUCCAAAGGACAACUUUAUGAUCAUCAAAGAAAGACAAAAGAUGUCUCCAAAAACCCCAUUACUAGUUCUUGUCAUAAUCUUUGCUUCUUUUUCCUUCUCUCUCUCAAGAAACCAUAUGGGUCCAUUUUCUCUCUCUCCUCAUAAUCAAGCUUAUAAUCUCCAUGGCCAAUAUGGUAAUCAUAAGAGUCAUUAUAAUGGACUUAUGACAAGGCAAAGUAGAGCAAGCUCUCCUUCCUCUUCACCACAGGUAUUCAAUGUUGAUGAUUUUGGAGCUAAAGCUGAUGGAAGAGAUGAUAGUCAGGCAUUUAACAAGGCUUGGAAGAGAGCUUGUUCCUCUAAAGAAGGUGUUGUUUUGGUCCCCAAGAACAAGGUUUAUCACCUUAAACCAAUCAAGUUUUCAGGCCCUUGCAGAUCUUAUGUCACAAUGAGGAUCUCCGGCGUGAUCAAAGCUUCGCCGCGCCAGUCAGAUUACGAGAAGGACAGACUGCACUGGAUUCAGUUUGAGAAUGUGCAGAACUUGAGGGUUGAAGGUGGUGGCACUAUCGAUGGCAAUGGAAGGAAAUGGUGGCGAAACUCUUGCAAAAUCAACGACUCCCUUCCAUGCAAGCACGCGCCAACUGCUGUGACAUUUUUAGAAUGCAACAAUUUGGUAGUGGCCAAUUUGAGGUUCAAAAACGCGCAACAAAUGCACUUGAUCAUUCAGAAAUGUGUGAACGUCAAGGCUAUGAAUUUGCGAGUGAUUGCACCAGGAAAUAGCCCCAACACUGACGGAAUUCACGUCACAGAAUCACAGAAUAUUCAGAUCAUGAACUCUGUUAUAAGAACGGGAGAUGAUUGUAUCUCAAUUGUAAGCGGGUCAAAGAAUGUUAGAGCUACAGAUAUAACUUGUGGCCCUGGUCAUGGAAUUAGCAUUGGAAGCUUAGGCGCUGAUAAUUCAGAAGCUGUGGUCUCCAAUGUGAUGGUGAAUAGAGCAACAUUUUCAGGAACCACUAAUGGAGUGAGAAUAAAGACUUGGCAGGGGGGAUCCGGGUAUGCAAAGAACAUCAUAUUCCAAAACAUAUCAAUGCGCAAUGUGAGCAACCCCAUAAUCAUUGACCAAAAUUACUGUGAUCAGGAUGAAGCAUGUCAUGAACAGGGCUCAGCUGUGCAGAUAAGCAAUGUGAUAUACAGCAACAUCAAAGGAACUAGCGAUUCCAAAGUGGCUGUGAAGUUCGACUGUAGCAGGACAUUCCCAUGCAAAGGAAUCUCACUGCAAAAUGUCGAUUUCGCCCCCGAAGACGACGGAGAAUCGAUCGAAGCUUCCUGUGAGAAUGUUUGGUUGAACAAAAUAGGAAGGGUUUCUCCUAAAUGCACUUGA